GGUGCGGCGCCGUUUCCCGCCCCCCGCGGAAGAUGGCGGCGCCCAGCGCGCUCCUGGCCUGGUGCGUCCAACACCUGCGCGGGGACUUCGGGCUGGACGUGGGCGAGGACGUGGUGAGGUACAUCUUGUCAAUCACAAACGAGGAUGAGAUCCGCGAGUACGUUGUUGACCUCGUUCAGGGCACAGAUGGGAAGAAGAGCUGGUUUGUGGAAGAACUGCUGACUAGGUGGAGGAAAUCUGCCCAGCUGCCCCCCGAGCCUCUCCCAGCCUAUUGGAAAAAGGAUGAGGCUUCAGAAGUGCUGCGGGCUGGGGACCAGGGCAAGAAGGGGAAACGCAAAGGGAGGAACAAGCAGGAGACUCUGGCGUAUUCUGAGCCCAGUGCUCAUGGGGAAGAGGUGAAAACCCCACUGGACCUGGCCAAGGCCCAGGAGAGCAGCAGUGGAGCCAGCAGCAGCAGCAGCAGCAUUUCCUCGAGGAAGAAGCCCAGGUUUGUCAGCCUGUACACGAGGGAGGGGCAGGACAGGCUGGCCGUGCUGAUCCCGGGGCGCCACGCCUGCGAGUGCCUGGGCCAGAGGCACAGCCUCAUCAACAACUGCCUGCAGUGCGGCCGCAUCGUCUGCGAGCAGGAGGGCUCUGGGCCCUGCCUCUUCUGUGGGGCCCUGGUGUGCACUAAAGAAGAGCAGGACAUUCUUCAGCGGGACUCCAACAAGAGCCAUAAGCUGCUGAAGAAGCUCAUGGCAGGCUCCGAAAGUUCAGGGAAUUUGGAUGACAUAAGCAAAGGCUUGCUGCCUCACCAGGAAGCAAGACUCAAAUCAGGCCUGGAGAUGGCUGUGAAGCACAAAGACAAGCUGUUGGAAUUCGAUAGGACAAGCGUGCGUCGAACCCAAGUCAUUGAUGAUGAGUCAGAUUACUUUGCCACUGACUCCAACCAGUGGCUGUCCAAGCAGGAGAGGGAAGCACUCCAGAAGAGGGAGCAGGAGCUGCGGGAGCUGCGCCACGCCUCUCGGCUCGCCAGGAAAAUCACCAUCGACUUCGCUGGCAGGCAGAUCCUGGAGGAGGACAGCAGCAUGGCUGAGUACCACAGCAAACUGGAUGAGACCAUUGAGGCCAUGAGCUGUGGUGCACUGAGUGAGCCAGCCAGGAGCCCUGGGGCAAAGAUGACACCAAACUCUGGAGUUUUGGUGAAUCCCCGUCUCCUCCAGCCUGCUCCUUUGUGGGUGGAUCAAACUGGUUUGGUCCCACAAAGAAAAACUCUUCAUUCUGUGGGGGCUGGAAGUGAGCCUGGCUCGGAGCGGAGCAGGCUGCGGAUCCAGGACCGGGAGCUGCAGGAGAUCUCGGAUGAUGGUUGGUGCCUCAGCCUGCACCAGCCUUGGGCUUCCUUGCUGGUGAGAGGAGUGAAAAGGGUGGAGGGCAGGACCUGGUACACAUCUCAUCGAGGGAGGUUAUGGAUUGCAGCUACUGCUAAAAGACCUUCCCCUCAGGAAAUCUCUGAACUGGAGGCCACCUACAGAAUGCUGCUCCAGAAAGAUGUGGAAUUUCCAAGUGAUUAUCCCUCAGGAUGCCUCCUGGGCUGUGUGGAUGUGACUGACUGUUUAUCACAAGAGCAAUUUCAGGAGCAGUAUCCAGACCUGAGCCAGGAGUCCGGAUCUCCAUUUGUCUUUAUCUGCACUAAUCCCCAGGAGAUGGUUCUGAAGUUUCCCAUCAAAGGCAAACACAAAAUCUGGAAGCUGGAUGCAAAGAUCCAUCAGGGAGCAAAGAAGGGGUUAAUGAAGCAGAAAGCCGUGGGGUGAGCGCCGGGGAGCAGCACUGG